UGGCCUGCAUUAUUUCAAUAGUGGAAUCACUUCAAGCUGAAGGCCUAAUGGAAAAUCAGGAAACUGCGGUAGGAGGCAUUGACAAAUGUGCUGUGCAUCUUCUACGGCUCCUCAACUCCAUUCUUUAUGCAGCCAAGGAGGAAGCCGAGGCAAUUGUCCUUGAGAACGAGAACUUCAAUAUCCGCGGAGAGCUGAAAUCACUCGUCGAUAUGUUUGCUAUCGAGUGUCGACAGAAAGGUCUCGGGAUCAUGCUCGAGCUGGCAGGUGUGCAAACUUGCAAGAGGUGCACUUCUCAGCCUGAUAACAUGCCUGCCGAACAGGAGCAAGCUAACGGACACGUGAUAAGCGUGCGGCCAGAGGAUGCCCCAGAGCCGAUCAAUGCCCUUGCGCCACAUCACACACAGGCUGAUCCUUCAUCGCGCAAAGUGGCGCUUGUAUUUGAGGUGGAAGACACGGGACCUGGGAUUGCAAGCAAUCUAAAGGAGAAAAUUUUCCACGAGUUUGUGCAAGGAGAUGGUUCAAUGACACGAAGACAUGGUGGCACGGGACUUGGUCUCUACGUUGCACAGUCUCUGGUAAGGAAACAUCGCUCGUAAAUGCCCUCACCUCUCGUUCCGGGAAGGUUUAUUCAAGUUUAUUGUAGAUAAUCUGAUAAUGUCAUGACAUCA